AUGUAUUCAGACCCAUUCAAAGCGGUUACCAGAAAGUUAUCCGACAAUGUGUUGAUAGCUUCGGCUCCGUUCAGCAUAUUCAACAGAUUGAGAGUCGGAGCUCGAAUGUCCUUGUUCCAUUACGAUGGGAAAGUGGUUGUUUACUCGGCAUUUCCCUACGGCAGUGAAGUUGUUAGAGCUCUAAAGGAGCUUACUGGUAAAGACGAAUUCGACGUGUCUCACAUCAUCGUGCCCAAUAAAGAGCACUACAAGGCAGUGGGAGGAUUCAAGCGGGCGUUUCCAAAGGCCAAGGUAAUCACUCUGGAAAAGUUCCAAACUGACGAAUUUGAGGUUGACUACAGAAUCCCAUUUAGUGAAGGUAAUAAGGUCCUCGAUGAGAAGGCUUUGAAAGCCAUUGGAAUAAAGGAAGAAUCAUUUCUUAAGAACUUCCAGUUGGUGUUCUUGAGCCGUCACCGUCUAAAGGAAUUGGUCUUAUAUGAUAAGAAUUCCAAGUUUGUUACUUCGGCAGACUUUGCACUUUCCUUCUCAAGUGGUCGUGAUGGGGUUGAACAGUACGCGGAAGAAACUGGGUGGCCCAAGGGAAGUAAUCCAUAUUCCGGAUGGUCUUACUUACUCAGAUGGUGUUAUCCUGGUAACAAACUUUGGGUUAACCAAGUCAACAAGCUGAAUAUGACAGACACUGAGGAAGGAAGAGCAGGUAUUAAGGCCAUAUACAGUUUAGACUUCACUAAAUUGAUUCCAUGUCACGGGAAUAUUUUGGACGACGGCAAACAAGUACUUACCUCUUACUUCAGUUUCUUGGACACAAAGUAG